UGCACAGGAGACAUUCACGACACAAGCGCACGCAACAACAAACAAAAAAGAGACACUUUCUCUGUGUAAGCUCGUCUUGGAUGGCCAGCAUUUCUCCAGUCGUUGGCCGAGUAGGUCCUUCACCGGCUCUACCUCCUUCUACAGUUUUGAUCUUGUUGUGAACUGGUUGAAUGGAAAGUGUUUUCCACGUUCUAUUAUUGCUUUUUCAUUUUGAAAGAGUUCGACCUUCUUUGCACAUCGUUUUAUUGGGUUUGUCUUAAACCGGAUGCCCCCAAUCUACGAGCGAGUCCAUUGUGAUUGAUUAUCGAUUUCACUAUACGAAAGUGCGCUGCUGGACAGAUCGCUAGCAUCGCUGCUGCGUUCUUUCCGUGCCAUUUACAGUGUCGGCUUUUCUGGUGAAUUUUUCCCUUGUAGUAAUUGACUCGUUCAUUUGUCGACCACAAUUCAACUCACUCCAACAGGAUUAUCUUUACACCAUACCGAAACCAGUCUUUAAUACCAACUGAAAAAGGAUUGUGAAUCAAAAUUCUAUUGAUUUUUUCUUUAAGUAUUAUUCAUAAUCGAAAGAUUAGGCAUUGCCCGAUGAAGAUCUCCGUAAAGAAUCAAAUAAAACUCGGCCGAAGCGAAAAUCUCCAAGAUGAAAACGAACGAUUUUAGGAAAAGAAAAAGGGAAAAUGGAGGUUGUUGUUAGGUAGAUAGUGAUCGGGUUAAUAACGAAGUCGGCGCCGAGCCGACGCGCUCCCUAUAUUCCUCGCCCUUCUGUAUAGAUGCGUGACUGGUGUAGUCAGGGCCAACGCUUGAUAGUGCAAGUUCAGUGGGUAAGCAAUUACGCAAAAGGAAGACGGGGCAUCCACGUAUAGCGUGUAGCAUUAAAACCCUAGCCGCAAAACUUUGUUAACCUCAAAAAGGGAGGGAGGAAAAAGGGAGUCAUUAUCUCUCUAUGUCUUGCUCUUUCUGCUCGCAUUCGGUCUUCAGCUAAUAAUGGAAUUGACCGCUAGCUCCGCAGCAGCAAUGCAAUUGCAGUUGGCUCUAUUAGUGUUUGGCUAUUUGCUACCAUAGCGGUGAACGAAAGUGAAGUGCAUAGCCUAAGCUGAACAACUAAGAUUAUACAGGAUCUUUUCCCCAUCCGACCUUAACCCCCUGCAGCCGAGAAAAAAAUUCCGCUGCUCCGGAUAUCAAAAUAUCUUAAGCUCAAAAAGUCAGCGCCGGAGUAAUGAAAAUGUGUCAAUCAGCAAUGGCCGUGUUGUGCUGGCUGGUGACGUUGAUAAUGGCGACGGCAUUAGCCAUCGGCGAUUGGCCAGCCAAUCAAGAAGGUGGUAAGACCCAAGUGUCUAGCUCGCGGGUAGUCAACACUCGCAAAGGAUCUUUACGUGGACUCUACCAGGCCUUUGAUGACAAGCAACUUGCUGCAGUUGAGCUCUUCCUCGGAGUGCCGUACGCUUCGCCGCCCCUUGGUUCGCUCCGUUUCAUGCCGCCAGUCACCGUUUCACCGUGGCGAGGCAUCCGGCAAGCCGAUCGCUACGGCCCCGUCUGUCCUCAAAAGUUUCCCGAUAUCACCAACGAAACCGAAGUUUUGAAGCGGAUGCCGCGCGGCAGGCUCGAGACGCUCAAGAAGCUGGCACCGAUGUUGACCAAUCAGAGCGAAGACUGCCUCUAUCUCAACAUUUUCACACCGUAUUCAAAUGCAUUUGCAGCAAGUCCAACAGCCCUGAAGCCGCGCUAUCCCGUCAUUGUUUUCAUUCAUGGCGAGUCGUACAGCUGGGGAUCCGGCAAUCCGUACGACGGAAGCGUACUAGCAGCCGUCGGAAAAGUGGUCGUCGUGACGCUCAACUAUCGUCUUGGAGUUCUGGGGUUCCUGAACCCUCACAGUGAUCCAUAUUCACGAUCCAUUUCCAAUCAUGGCCUAAUGGAUCAAAUAGCUGCGCUUCAUUGGCUCCAAGAAAACGUACAGGAAUUUGGCGGUGAUCCGAAUAGCGUGACGCUGAUGGGCCAUGGAACAGGAGCCGCUUGUGCCACUUUCUUGAUGACCUCACCAGCUGUGCUAGACGGUCUGUUUCAACGAGCCAUUCUGUUGAGUGGCACGGCCCUUAGUCCGUGGGCGUUAGUCCAAGAGCCAAACAAGUACGCAGUGGAACUCGUUCGUCACAUGAACUGUUCCCUGCCACCAGGCGAAGGAGCAACUGCCCAGUUGAAGUGUUUGCGAGAGAAGGCAGUGCCGGCGCUCAUUAGCGCAGGCAGUCGAGUCGAGACGCCCGAAUUUUUGCAUUCUUUCGGACCUAGCGUUGACGGCGUCGUCAUUGAGGACGAAUACGAAGCCAACAAGAAGAAGCUGAGCCAUCGCCUUAGUCGCUAUGACCUGCUCUUUGGAGUGACGCAAGCCGAAUCCUAUUUUACCCUCAGCGCUGACGACAAUCAAUACGGAAUGGAGUUGGACCGUCGCAAUCGCCUUCUCCGCACUUUCGUACGCAACACGUACCAAUUCCACCUGCAAGAGAUCUUGGCCACCAUCAUUAACGAGUAUACCGAUUGGGAGAAGACUAUCCUUCAUCCGGUCAACAUCCGCGAUGAGACACUGGAGGCUCUUGGUGACGCUCAAUACGUUGCUCCUUUAGUUAAAACGGCCGAUCUCCAUUCUUCGCAGCAACGAUCCUCCUACUUCUACGUUUUCGAGUACCAAACAAAAUCUAGUGACUUCCCUCAGAGGCCCGGAUGUGUGCACGGAGAGGAAUUGGCUUACAUCUUCGGAGCACCGCUGGUUGCCUCGCUGAGCCAUUUUGGGCGCAACUACACCAAAGCCGAGGUGUCUCUAUCGGAAGCCGUUAUUGCCUACUGGUCCAACUUCGCCCGUGGCGGGAAUCCGAAUGAAGGAGCCGGAAGCAUCGCAUCCGGCACUAUAGCAGCUGAGACCGGCAAGCAAGACAAGUCUCGAUCCCGGGUGGAGUGGCCACCUUACGAUCAAACCCAUCGCAGAUAUCUAUCUCUCGGUUUGAAGCCGAAAGCCAAAAGCCAUUACCGUUCGCACAAGCUGGCCAUGUGGAUGAAUCUGAUACCGGACCUUCACCGACCGAGUGGCGAAGAUGUGGCCCGCGUUCACCACUUGCUCGACGACUACAACGAUCCUUACUCAUACGACGGAAAAGUGCGGGUAGUGCCCGCUACACUGGCACCGACGCCCACGAGUACGACAUCACCGUCUCCCAUAACAUCGGCCGUCAAUUCCAGCCUACUCAUGGUGGAUUCAUCAAGAAAGGCAGACAGUGGCGGGGCCAAAUACGGCGAACCGGAAGCCUCCAGCAAACUGACCAACGAUUCACGCAUGUCGACUGGCACGGGCGGAAAUGCCGGCUCAGUGCGGGCGAACGAAGGUAGCAAUACUGAACAGUACGGAGCUUAUUCGACAGCCCUGAGCGUUACAAUAGCAAUCGGUUGUUCGCUGCUCAUUCUCAACGUCCUGAUUUUCGCCGGCGUCUAUUACCAACGCGACAAGCAGCGCAUGGAAUUAAAGCGACGCCUGGAGAAUGGCAUGAUACUCUCAACCAGCGUCAGUGGUGAAGUGGAAAAUCACGCGUCCACCAUGGUGUCUUCGACCAGGUUAUGCAGCAAACCUGAUUUGGCCAAUGGCGCUGCGUUGAACAAAACUGACUCAUCAAGUGGAUCGGGUAGGAACACGGCGGCCGUCGUAGUCAUCAACCCUUCGUCGUCUGUCAUGUCCCUCAGUUCGCCGUUCAACUCAUCUGUCACUCAAUUACCGCCCCCGGAGUUUGCUGAUUUCCCAUCCGAAGAUCAGUGUCCUGCCGCAAUGGGAACAGCUGCGACGGGCUGUCCCAGUGGUGGCAACAGUAACGGGCGGGCCUCGAUGAUUUCCAAUUCAACGGUUUCGUUUCGGCCGGUAGGCGCGGACGCCCCGUCAUCAACCAGCACGCUUCCGAGGAUGUCAACAACUGGUUUCUGCAAUAACGAGUACACAUUGCCGCCGGUGACGUCAUUGCAACAGUCGCAGCAACAACAGCAGCAGCGUUCCAUGUCCCUGAGAAAACAAUCCAAUAAACGAAUAGCCAGUCCGGUGGGUAAUAGCGCCAUUGACGAACUCCGCGUCUAGUCACGCUUGAACUAACGACCUCUCGCGUAAGGGGGGGACAGCUUCUCGUGCGCGCUCCAUAUGUACCGAGCAUCGAAUUCAAUGCGAAAGAUGCAACUGUGUCAAGUCGAUCGAUACAAGGCGGCAGUCGAUGCAACUGCAUUGCAACUCUUGUUGUAAUUGAGAAGAAAUGACGAUUGGCAUCGCCUCGAAUUCGGGAAAGAAAAAAAUAAAAGGACUUACGCCAUAAAAAGUUUCCCACUCCAGCUGAUCAUGUCAAUUAAAUAUACGAUCUUUUCCGUGCCGCCAAAAGAUCAGACGAAUCCGAUUUUUGUUAAAUCUUUCUGGUCUUCAGUCCCGAUGUUCUCUCUCCCUCUCUACCCAGUAACAAACCGUCAACGUAUACAUAACAGUAAGCGUACGUCGGCGAUAUUUAUAUAUGUACUGUAUAUGUAAAUUAUAUGUAUGCUCCACCCGUGUUUAAAAAAAAAAAGUCCCUCUGCCAUUGUGAUAUGGUCUCCCUUGUCUGUUGAUGGAAAUAUGAGGGAGAUCGGAGCGUUUCCUCUUUUUCCUAUAGAUUCUUAUUUGUCAUUUUCAUUCCCAUUUUUCCCGCCCCUUUCCAGCUCUCUAUCUCUAUCUCUAUCUCUCUCUCUCUUCUUACGUGUAUAUGUACGCAUGUAUCCAUCGCGUUCUUUGUUUCUACCUUUUUUUUAAUGGACGCGAGCAGAGCUCGAUCGAUUUCGUUGCAAACACAAGAAAAUUGGGCCAAACGUUAACAUCUUGCGUAGGACGUGGCGGCACGGACAUGUAUACACGUCAGGUAUAGUACAAACCUAGACGCGGGAAGACGAGAAGAUUAGAACGGAGACGAUCACGGACAAGGAAAUACACUGCUAUUUUACACAAAAA